AUAAAAAAACUAAGGCAUCUCUCUCAGUCCAGUGAAAUACUGAUUCUCGUUCUCGAAUCGCAUGUGCGCAGGUCUACUUUAACCCCUAUCGUGUGGCGGCGGUCCGAACAGACCUCUCCGAGGACUAGCAUCAUGAACGCCAAGUCUGACUUAUUAAGCCUGCCGGAUGAUGCCCUUAUUGUGAUUCUGGGUUAUCUGGAAUUGCCAAUGCAGCUAGGGUUGACACAAGUGCAUCCUCGGUUCUUGGAUGUAAUGCCCCUUGUCUGGCGUUCUUGCAAUAAAUCUGCUAAUCUCCCCCUGAUCGAGUUACAUCUGAGCGACAAAAAUCUUCGUUUCUUCCUGGGAAGCACUCAACGGUCCCUCAAUGCGCUACGCUUGAAGAUGGAAAAGCAAUCGAACUUCGAUAUUCUCACUGACUAUGUGUUUCCAAAUCUGAAGGAUUUUCGCUUCUCUACGCAUUCUUUUUCGUUAACGGACUCGGACUUACCGAAAUUGCUUAGGAGUUUUCCCAAUUUGACGACAUUCAGUCCCCACGGAAAGUUCACUGGCAAGCACUUCGUGGAUUUCCGGUUCCUGGAUAACCUUACGCUGUCCUACUGCAGCAAGAUGGAGGUCGACCAUUUGGUGCACAUCCUGAAAGCCAGAAGCUUGAGAAGCCUGAAGCUGGCCCUGUUCGACAUAGAUCUCCCCCAGAGCACAGACUUGCCCUGGGAAGGGAUCAAAAACCUGGAGCUUCUGCAGGGCUACAGCUGGGAGUUGGAGCGAUGGUUUCUAUCAAAGCUGGAACACCUGAAGCACUUGAAGCAGAUUAUUCUAUGCGACCACGAUGACGAUGGUUUCCUAGAAAAAGUCAUAAUGUCUGCAAACCGGAGCAGCAUCAAAAUGCUGGAGAUAAACGCCGGUAUGCCCCUAUUCUAUGUCAUCAAAAGGCUAAGAGUCCCGUGUAAGAUCAUGAAAGUAGCAGGUUAUCAUCUUUACUUCUAUGACGGAAGCUUUGAAAAUAUAACUGAAUUAUAUUUAAGAAAUUGCCACUUUCCUAAGAGGAAUAUCUUUGAGAUUAUGAUGCAACAGUUGAAGACGUGUGAGAUCUUUGGGCUGCAACACUGCCAGUUUAGUUUCAAGGAGUUCUCAUUUGUGGCUCUGGAGAUCGGAUCGGGUCGUCGCACAAAGCUCAAUGUGCAUCUGGGUGAAAAUAUUUACCAAAGUGAUAACUUUAUGGAUCACGAUAUGGAGGUGAACUGGAGUGUGGAAGGCGAACACAAGUUUUUCCAACUGCAUAUGGAGCACCCGAAAAUCAACUCCUAUUCCCAUGCAGUUUCAAUUUAUUUUGACUGAGAUUGCAAAAAAAUACUAUAUUCUACUGUAUUCAAAAUCUCGAGUGAUAUUACUCAGUAAAGAAAUAUGUUUGGUAAA